AUGAGUGAAAAUAAAAUUACGAAGCAACCCAUCCUUCAACAAAGCGAUUAUGAUAAUUACUAGCAGUAAAAUAAUAUUAACAACAAUAAAAAGUACCAAAGUCAUUAGAAAUCCUCUUACCUUAACAACUUCAUCAAUCCACAAUCUAAUCAAAUCAGAAUCAGCUAACCUUAAAAUCAUCAAAAAGAAGAGAGAAAUGUAGAUGAAAUCCUAAAUGAGAAUCAGAUGCUUAAGAAAUAAAUUGAUAUAUUAGCCCAUCUAGUCUCUUAGUAAUCUAAACAUACAAUUAUCACCACAUCUGAGAUGGGAUAGAAUUCAGCGCAUCUAGGUGAAUUAGACUCAAAUACUCUUACGAGAUUCCAAUCUCUCGAUUAAACUUAAUUCAGAUUUAAAAAUGGCAAUGUAGCCGUACCUCUAGUGUAAAAUAGGAAUAGCAGAGUUCAAAAAAUAUAAAAUGCCUACUCUUGCGAACUUUACAAAAAGAAAAAGUCAAGCCAGUAAGUCUAGCGCGUCGUAUGCAAGGAAAGAUUUGAGAACUAGUCGAUGGGAAUGGAUGAGAUCGAGAUAAAUUCCUAGGAUGAUUUAUUAUUUAGUAGCUUAAAUGAUAAAGUUGAGUACAAAUAAACUUUGCACAAAAAUGAUAUUACACUGAUAAAUACCAUCAACGUCUAAAAAGUUAAAAGCUAAGAAGAUGAUUCUCAAAUUCGACUUACAAAUCAUCACAGAAAGAUUAAUUCUGAGUAUAACACCUAAAAUAUGAAUUUCAAUUUGAGAAACCAGAGAGGCAUUCGAAAAGACGAAGAAAAGAUUAAAACCUAAAUUGUUUAAGACUAUUAAAUAUCAAAUUAAAAUAAAGCCUUUAGCAGUGAUAUUGAACAAAGAGUACUACUUGAUAUUAGCUUGAAUCAAUCUAUGAAGAUUGAAAAUCCGGAAUUAUAACCAACGACCUUUCAUAAGACUUCAACAAGACUUUAAAGUAGAAAUCAAAUCAUUGACAUGAAUGGAACAUCGAUGUCAAGUUUAAAUGAUUCUGAAAUUUCUGCUGAUGAUGCCACUUAUAUUUCAAACUACCAUAAUAAAAAUAUGGGCAUUAUCACUGAGUAUGCCAAUCCUCUGAAUAUGCAUGAUGCCUCGCCUUUUACCAAAUUUUUGUAGCCAAUGGAUGCUUAUUAGGAAGGUAAUUAAAUGCUUAUUAGGAAGUAAAUGUAGUACCCUAUUCCAAUACAUGACUAAACUUAGAAUAUGACACACUCAUAUCUUUCGAUGACUUAAGAUUACAUCUCUAAUAACAAUAUAUCAUAUGUUUAGGAUGGAAAUAAAAUGAUUGAUCUUAAUGAUUAGAGCAACCUAUCCUACUAUUAAAUUAAUGAUGACUCUAGAAUUUCUAUCAAGCAGAAAUAAGUCAAUAAACAGCAAUAGCAGUUGUAAAUGAAUUAGGAUUAAGAAAUCAAUGAUAUAGAAAAUCAAUUUGAUUAAGAUAUAGAGCGUAUUAAUGGCUAUUAUAGCUUAUAGGAAAAAUCCUACUUUUAAGGAGAGGUAGAUCAAUACCAAAUGAAUGAAGAAUUGAGUAAGAUAUAUGAUGAUGAACUCUGGAAUAAUAAUCCAAAUUAAGAAAACUUAAAGAGAUCCCACUAUGAUUCAAUAAUUGAGAACUAAAAAUCUAUUUUGGUCAUAAAUGAUGCUCAGACACUUAACUAAACUUAGAAUUAGUAGGAUACAGAAAAGCAGGGGUAUGAAAACACUUAAAUAGAAUCUUCAAAAUUGCUUUUGGAUCAAAGAGGACAUCCUUAUUAAGACCUAACUCAAAUUUUAUCUGAUGAUACAAGCAGAUAGUCAUAAUCAAGGUAAAAUCCCUAAAUAAGAUAAGAGGAUAGGAAUAAUUUCUAGGCUGCUCUUAAAGAAGUCAUUUGUGAAUAUCAGAAUUAGCCUUAAUACAGUAUUAACUUAGAAUCUAAAAGUAGUCUUGAGGAUACUUAGGAAAUAGAAUAAUCAACAAGAGGUCCAUCAGUUAAAAAGCCCUUUCAAAUUCUUGAUCUUGCUGAUAAGAGAUCAGGCUACAUUUAUAGUGAAAAUGAAAGAAAUAACAUUUAUAGGUACACACCUGAUAAAUAGUCAUUUGCUUCUAGAUAAUAGGACUUGAAUCUAUUUUUAGAUAGCAAGAAAUCAAUUACUGCCAAGAAAUAAUUCAAGGAGCCUAUAUUUCAGGAAAAAUACACAUAGCGCAUUUCAAUGCCAAAUAUUGACUAAGAAUCAGGAACGUUAAGAUGGCAUUUGAAUGAAGAGAAAGCUAGAAAUAUUGUAUUGUUAAAUCAGCAAGUCAUCGGUUAAUCCUUAGGAACAGGGUAAUCGGUUGAAGCUCUUCAAAGAUUAUGUUUGAUUGAAAAUGAUAUCAUUCCUAAAUAAAGAGUCACAAAUACAAAACAAGUUACUGGUAAAUUUAGCUUCUAAUAGGAUGAUGUUCUUGAACCUUCAGCAAGAAGCUCAAGAAUUGUUCAGGAUUUAAGUAAUAUUGAGGAUCAUAGAGUUAGUCCGAGAGAGUUCAUCCAAGCUGAGAUAAUGGACACUUUCAAUCCAUAAUACCAUGCUGAGAAUGAAUAAGAUGAAAUCUAGCUGUUAUCUUCUGCUAGAUAGGAAACUUACGAAUACGAUUUAAUAAAACCUCAACCUAUAAUUAUAAUUGAAUAGCAGUUUGAAAGUGACCCUAUAAACGAGGAACAAUAAAUAACUAUUGAGGAUUGUAAUAACUUUUUUAGUGCAAAAUCUCUAGGACCAUUGAGGAAUGAAUCAAGUCUAAAUAAUUCACUGAUAUUGAGUGACUCUAAAAGAAAUAAUUUGAGUAAUUCUAAUGGCAAAUCUAGAUUCACAAAGUUAGCAGAAAGUAUAAAAAAGCAAAGGACUGAGUAGGAUGCUUAAGUAACGGAAUAUUCAAGAACUCAGCCUAUAUUGAUAUAGACAGACGGUGAGUUUUAAACUUCUUGCAAUUUUGAGGAAAAAUUUGAAACAAGAUUGCAGCAAUUUGAGAAUGAGAAGAAUUUGAGGAUCAAUAUUAAUCUAAUCUAGCAAGAAGAUCAAAAAUUUUAAGAUAAGGAAUCGCUUGCUACUCCUAGCCCAAGAGUCUUUGAUUGCUCCAAGAUGAUUUCUUAAUCAAUUGAUGUCUAUCAGAGUGUAAAACCAGAAGUUGACGUUAAUUAAUACAAAAAGGAAAUGUUGGAUAGUCCAUCUCCUAUAAAACAAGAAUAUUAGGCAUAAGAUUAUUAUGAGAAUUAAUCACCUCUUCGAGAGGAACCAAUUAUCUCAGAAUAUGAUAGCAAUCAACAAUCAAAUGAAAAGUUCUAUGAUACUAGCAAAAUUAUUAGUAAUUGCAAGGAUAGUCCAUUCAAGCAUAAAUCAACAAUAACAAAUGAUAAUAUCUUGAUUAAAUGUGAAACAGAUGGAAUGAGCAUGAGAUCUUCAGUAGAAAGAAUAAUAUCAAUAAAGAAUGCCCAAAGAAUUUCAGUCCCAUAUUAGUACUAUGAUGUUGAAGAGAUGAAGUAUCAAGAUUACUCAGAUGUAAGAAUUCAGACUUAUGAGUCAUCUCAAGUAAACAGCGAGAAUGAGUAAUCAGAAGAGGAAAAAUAAUUUAAUAGCUGGGUUCAGGAAAGUAAGGUUCAUACAGGCAUAAAAGUUUACAACUCAAUGGCAAAAAAUAACUACAGAGAUACCAAUUGUAUCUCAGAGUAACCCUCUGAAGAAGAUCUUGAGAGUACUUACAACGGCAACUGCAAAUAAACGAGAGAUUAUGAGUAUAUCGAGGACAAAGUUAGAAUAGAAACUUCAUAAUCAAAUGAAAUAUCUCUUAAUAAUAUUGAGAUGCUCGACAGUCAAAUGUUUACUCAAGGAUUGAAACAAUUUAAUAACAAAAAUACUAAUACAAAUCUAGAGAGUACAAAAAAGACCGAUUCUAUGGACUAGCCAGAGGAGUAGCAUUUAGAAGUCAGUCCGGUGAGACAGUAUAAUAUGAGUCCAUAAGAUCUUCCUAUUUCUGCAGAUAACAGCAUUAUUGAUAUUAAUGUCUCAAAAGAUGAAUAAGAUUAAUAGUAGAUGAAAGAGAUAUUGAAGAAACAGGAAUUCAUCAAUCAGAAGAUAUAAAAUUAUAAGUUGUCACUACAGUCCAUUAUUGAUAAUGGAUUGCAGGUACUUUCAUAAAAUAGUCUUUUAUCACCCAAAUCCACAGUCAGAAACUUUAAUCCAGAUCCUUAAGAUUAAGCUUAUUCCUCAAACUCCUCUUAAAUUAUAGAGUCAAAUAAGAAGGUGAUAGAAAAAGAUUCAAACUAAAAGGUCACAAACUCUCAAAAAAGAAUAGAUCAAGCAAAAGAAAGGAGACAGCAAAUAGAUCAGGCAAAAUAAUAGUAACUUCUAGAAAAAUUAUCCAAAAAAUCUUCAAGAUUAUAAAAUUCAAGAGAAUACUCUUUCGUUGGGGAUGAUGAAACAUAAAUGCUAAAGGCUUUGAAAAAGGCGAGAAAUACUUCCUCAAAGAUAUGCAUCAAUAGUAAAAAGUACAUUGAAUCUCAGGACUACAAGAGCUGCAAUGAUCUAAUGAGCACGAAUAAUGAUAUGAAGGCGUCUACAAUAAGUCAAUCUAGUGAGUGCUAUUAAUCUUUCUAAAAUACUAAAGACUCAGAUUGCUAAGCAUAAAACAUCUCAAACCACCAUCAUACAUUAAAGCAUGAUCCAAUUAAGAAAUCCUCAACUGUUUAAAACUCUGCUGCUAAAUAAAAGGGAACCAAUGACGAUUGUGCGAGUACAAGCAGGCUUCUACAAUAGCAAUAAAAUAAAUAAUAAUAGCAUCUCUAGAUUUCUCAUAGAAACCACCAAAGUGAACUCAAAUAAAGUUCAUCGUCUGGCUCAUUGACCAGACUUUAAGCUUUAAGCUCAGCCAGAGAUAUUAUAAAAGGAGUUUGCUAGUAAAUCUAAAUAGACAAAUAGCAAUAAUAACAUUUGGAAUAGAUUGAUAGCGUUUAUUUUAACAAGUCUACCAAUUAAAGCAAUAAGGUUAAUACUAGCUAAACAGCAAGAUCUGCAUCUAGUGCUUCUGCAGCGAAUUUGAAAAUGAGGUAAAAACCUAUCAAAAAUUAACAGUCUCAUCAAGUAAGAUAGAAGCAAAACAUAAAUGAUAAACAUUAGCUAAAUAAACUAUCAUUUGCAGCAUAGCCACCUCAAACUUAAAGAUAAGAUGCUUACUAAUAGUAAAACUUUAUGAUGAUUAGUCCAUUCAUCUCACAAGAUAGCUAGAAAUAUAAACAUUCCUCAGAAUCUUAUUAAAGCAGCAAUAGCAAAUAACAUAACCGGCAAUCAUCAUUUAGAAUUCAACUUAUCUAAACAGAUAUUAUAGGCGAGACUCCAAAUUCUAAAAUCAGCAAUAAUAAUUCAUCUUUUCUCUCAAAUGGCAAUCUUAAAAAUUCAGUAAUGAGUACACCAAAAUUUGAGAAGCUUACAGAAAAUAAUCAAGGUUUCGAUUAUGAUUUCCAAAGAUAAACAGUCUAUAAUCCUGAAUAAAAUUAUGACAACUCUCAAUCUUCAACAACGCAUAUCACAAGCAAUCAAGCUGAAUUUUUCCAUAGAAUCACUGAGGAUUAAAAGAAAAGAUUCUAAUUAAAAGCUAGAAUAAUAAACUGA